UUUUUUCUUGUUUCAUCUUUGGCCCCUCUAAGAGAUUGUGUUGGUCACUCUGCUGUUGAUGCCAGAUGGUGAAGAAAAUGAGGUCUGAUUUGGGUCCAUUUUCCCUGCAAAAGCACAACCAUGUUUGUGUUAAGUUUGCAGCCUCAAUUUUCUUGGUGGGUCUUGCUUUUCGUCUUCUCUUAUGGGAUUCAUUCAACUUUUCAUCAAUGGUAGAGACACCUUCUCCUCUUGCAGAGGAAAAAGCAGAGUCCCCUGUUUUUUCUUUUCCCCUUCAGGAAUCUGAUUCUGUUGAGUUUCCAGGAAACAACCAGAGCCAAACCUCUAACGAAGCUGCAGAAAAAUGUGAUCUUUUCGUGGGAGAUUGGGUGCCAGACCUAUCUGGUCCAGUGUACACUAAUGAGAGCUGUCAUGUGAUUGAACAUCAUCAAAAUUGUAUGAAGAAUGGACGUCCUGAUUCAGGGUACCUUCACUGGAGGUGGAACCCAAGAGACUGUGAAUUACCCAAGUUCAAUCCAAAGAAGUUUCUUAAUCUUAUGAGACAUAAAUCAAUGGCCUUUAUUGGUGAUUCCAUCUCCCGCAACCAUGUGCAGUCCCUACUUUGCAUUCUCUCACAGGUGGAACCAGCUACUGAGGUCUACCAUGACAAGGAAUAUAGAUCAAAGAUAUGGAAAUUUCCUUCUCACAACUUCACACUCUCAGUAAUCUGGACCCCUUUCCUUAUCAAAGCAGCUAUAUUUGAGGACAUGAAUGGUGUUACCUCUUCAGAGAUACAGCUUUAUCUUGACAGUCUCGACAACCUCUGGACCAAUCAGUAUAAGAACUUUGAUUAUGUUGUAAUUGGUGGUGGAAAAUGGUUUCUCAAGACUGCAAUAUACCAUGAAAAUAACACAGUCACAGGCUGCCAUUACUGCCCCGGAAAGAAUUUAACAGAACUAGGAUUUGACUAUGCAUACCGCAAAGCACUACAAGAGGUUUUUAACUUCUUCACAAACUCAAACCACAAAGCGACUGUUUUCUUCAGAACCACCACACCAGACCACUUUGAGAAUGGGGAAUGGUUCAGUGGAGGGUAUUGUAAUAGAACUGUACCCUUCAAAGAGGGUCAGAUAGAUAUGAUAGAUGUAGAUUCCAUCAUGCGAAGUAUUGAAGUUGAAGAGUUUGAGAAGGCUGCUUUUAUAGGAUCUGACAAAGGGGUGAACUUGAAACUUUUGGACACAACUCUCCUUUCACUGUUGAGACCAGAUGGACAUCCUGGACCUUACCGGCAGUUCCAGCCAUUUGCAAAGGAUAAGAAUGCUAAAGUUCAGAAUGAUUGUCUUCAUUGGUGUUUGCCAGGACCAAUUGACUCAUGGAACGACAUAGUAAUGGAAAUGCUAGUCAAUGCUUAAUAGUGUCAGAAAUCAACGAUAUCAAUAAUCUGUCACUGGAUUACCAAGGUUUGAAGCUGGUUACAAUUAUGACCAUUUAAAAUUCUGGAUUUUUUCUUACACGGUUGAUUCUUCCUAUACCUUUAUUAGUUUGCAGGAGGCAGUUUUAUACCCAAAGCCAUUAGGAUGAGCUCCAUUCUGUACAUGGAACUGUAUAUUGUAAUCAAAGCUUGCAAAGCACAAAUGAGAGGACAUGUAAUCAGUUUUUU